AAGAUAUACAAAAUACUUCAUCAACAAAACAACCUAGAGAACGCUGAGCCACAGUCAUUUGGCAUCUUGUAACCCUAGUACAACUUCGUGCUGAUUGGCAACAUGGCAAAUGUGGACACAUCAAUCGGCGCGCGUACCACGGGUGCCGCAGCCGACUUCGCAGCAAAGCACUCGGAAGAGCACCCAUUGAAGCUCUACGGCGGCUGGUUCUGCCCCUUUGUCCAGCGAUCAUGGAUCGUCCUCCACGAAAAACAGAUUCCCCACCAGUACAUCGAGAUUAACCCGUACAAGAAGGAUCCCGACUUUCUAAAGAUGAACCCUCGGGGGCUGGUCCCGACCUUGGCCGUUCCCGUGGAUGUGAAGGGCAACGAGCAACGACCGCUCUACGACAGCACUGUGGUUUCCGAGUACCUUGAGGAAGCAUAUGCCGGGAACAACUAUGGGCCGCAUCUUUUCCCGGAGGCGGCGUAUGAUCGCGCGAGGUGCCGGCUGUGGAUCGAUCACAUCAACUCUCGCGUCGUGCCGGCAUUUUACAAAUUUAUUCAACACACUCCAGAGAAGGAGUACAGCAUCGGGAAAGGACGUGAUGAGUUCUUGGGUCACAUCAAGACUUUCACUGCACAGAUGGACCCCGAAGGUCCUUGGUUCUUGGGAAAGAUGUUCAGUCUCGUGGAUGUGAUGAUAGCCCCUUGGGCCAUGCGUCUGUUCCUAUUUGAUCAUUACAAGCCAGGAGGACUUGGGAUCCCCUCUGAGGGGGAGGGCGGCGAUGAUGAGGCGGUAUGGAAGAGGUGGAGGCAAUGGUACGAUGCUAUCAAAGAGAGGCAAAGCGUAAAGGAUACGCUAAGUGACAGUGAUGCCUAUAUUGAGGUGUACAAACGCUACGCUGAGGACAAGACCAACUCGGGAGUGGGACAGGCAACAAGAGGUGGAGGAAAGCUGCCUUGAGGAGAUCUCUUUGAUCAACAGCGACUAUACAACCCGCCACUAUCUGCCCCAUAUGGUCAAGGUAGCCGGCGGUAUUUGUAUAGACCCCUCAACGGAGCGAAUGCCGGGCUUAUACGAACCCCUUGGUUUCGAUUUUCCGACAAUGCAUCUCGACAAUGCAUCUGCAACUAGUCAUUGACUGAUCACUAGACCAUUUCACUUAGUCAAAGGAAUCAAGGGGUGCUCCGUGAUAGGACCUAGGCCGAAUCCCCGCGAUGCUCGUAUCACUCGGCGCAUUUUUCGUACCUGCCACCCAGUGCCCCGACUUAGACUAUCAUCGGCCCCCUCUCCGACUCAACCCAUCCGGAUUCGAAACCGACCAGUCGCUCAAAGAUCCGUCCACCCCCAC